UCAAGUAACUCACCUUUUAUGUGUUCCUAAAUUGGUAUAUUAUUUCAGAAAAUAACUUAUAUUAAAGUGAUUUUUUUGGUAUAAACCGUAUGAUAUCCGAUCAAUAUUUGGAUGUCAACUAUUUUAAAUUCAGAAUUUAGUUUAAGUUAAGACUCUCCAUCCCUCCCUAGGUGUCUUGUGUGGAGAUUAAACCUGAGAAUUCUUCUCGCACUCAAUUUGUGUUGCUAACUGAGUUGCUCUUGUGAGUAUUCAAAGUGAGUUUAUUGUGAAAAAAUUAAGAAUAUAUGCAAUUUACAAUUUUUAUUUAAAAUGAUAAUAUAUUUGAAAUCAAAUCAUUGCUUGGUUUAGGUUUACUUACUUAUUUUAGAGAUAAACUCGCAGCCUUUUAUCUCACAUAUUUUCGUGAUUCUAUAUAUCAAGCAAUGACUCAUCCAGCAUUAAUGCUGCUUUCCCUCACCAAUAUUAUUUGGCGAAGAUUUGGCUGAACAUGUGACUCAAAUUCCAUUAAAAAACAAGCACGAAAUCAGUUUAUAACAGAACAGAUGAAUAGUGAUUUGAUGAUGAAAGUGUGUAACAGAGACAGUGGAAGGAGUACAUAGCAGUACAUAAUAGCUAAGCAAAGAUAGAGACAGAGGAACAAGCAGGACAAGGUUGAGGUUUGUGUGCCAUAAGGAGAUCAUGAUGCUGCUACCAAGCUUCUUCACUUUCAACAGGUCAAUCAUACGAAGGAAAAACUAGAAAAGUAAAGGGAGAACUCAUCAAGAUGCUCAUAGACCAAGAAAUGUCCAAAGAAAAAAAUUCCAAGCACAACUCACCAAAUGUAAUUGCCCAAUUAAUGGGGCUAGAAAGCCUUCCAAAGGUGAGAAGCCAUGAAAAAGAUUACUCUGAACAUGUGUAUGGUCAACUAGGAUCUCCAUUGAAACAUUGGCACCUGGAAAAUAGGUUCAUGGAUAAGGAAAUGCUUCAUGAAGUUCAUCCAAGCACAGAACAGAUUGCUUGCAAAAAUGACUAUGAAAGAGGUAGGUGGAGUGAAGAUGUUGUUGUUGAUAAGGAAAAAAUGGCUCUCAUUUGUCAGAAAUUCAUGGAAGCAAAAAGGCUUUCAACAGAUGAGAGACUGCGCCAGUCGAAGCAAUUCGAGGAUGCCUUGGAAGUUUUAAGCUCCAACAGUGAUCUCUUAAUCAGGUUAUUGGAUUCACAAAAUCUUCAUUGUAGUCCAACAGAUGAGAGAAAUCCCAUUACUCUUAUUAAACCUUUGAAGAUGUUUGACAAUGACAAAUCGGUCAAAAAGGGGAAGAAGAAUUCUAGAAUGAUUAAGAAACAAGCAAAUUCUGAUCAAGCAAUUGUAUGGGAGAAUAUGAAUCAUGGAUACUCUCCAGUCAGUCAGAAAGUUGAUGAGUUUCCAGUUCAAUCUACUCGAAUCGUGAUAUUGAAGCCUAGCCCAGGAAGAACACCUGAGCUUAAGGCUUUCAAUUCUCCAACAACUUCAUCACCUCAAAAUCUGCAAAGUGGGAAUUUCUAUCAGGGAUUCGGAGAUGAAGAUGAUGUGCUGGAAUCCAAAAAAUUGGCAAAAAAAAAUCCAAACGAAAUGCAUGAAGGCUUGAGAAACUAUCAAAAGGAUAAAAUUUUACAUUCUUCAGUCUUUGAGAGUUCAUUUAACAAACCACAUCAUGAGUACACACCUGGGAAUUACAUUGAUUUGGAAGCCAUGUCACCAUUGGCAAGGCAUUCAUGGGAAUACAACAACAUCAAUUGCUGGGGAAGUCCUUACUCUACAAUGUCCUUAGGUCGCGCAUCAUGUUCUCCUGAGUCAUCAGUGUGCAUGGAAGCAAAGAAAAGACUUUCUGAAAGGUGGAACAUGAUGGCCUCCAACAAUAAAGGUUCUCAAGAACAAAGGCAUGUGCAGCAACACUCUACCUUGGGGGAAAUGCUUUCUCUUUCGCGUAUAAAGAAAUCCGUGACGUCUGAGUUCAAGAGCGUUAAUGAAGACCAGGAAGAAGCAAGAAAAUCUGUUUCUUGCAGGCUUUCUUUCAAUGAAGAUGUAAGCACUCAGGGUUCUCCUAAAAAUGUUCCAAGGUCAAAUUCUCUCCCUGCAUCUUCUAGUGCCUAUGAAACUGGGGUUAGCAAAUCACAAGGGUCCAAGGUGCUGAAAAAGUCGAAGAGUAUUGGAUCAUCGUUUAAAGGGAAAGUUACUAGUUUGUUUUCAAGGAAUAAGAAAUCAACCAAGAAAAAAUCUAGUACAUCUCAGUGUAAAGAUGAAACCCAAUCUCCUGUCACUGAAAGAUCAGGUUUUCCAGCAUCAUCUGGAGUGCUUACAGAUGAUGAGUCUCAAAGCUUCAGCUUUCGCGGCUUGGAAGAGUGUUCUCUUUCAGCUCUAUUUGAAUCACCAAGAAGAACUUCAACAGUUUCUGUCUCAAACGGACAACAGCAAGAGAUGAUUGCACUUGAGCCUGGAUUGACUGAAUCAAAGCCAAUGGUGCCAGAGAUAUCAAGUGAAAACCAGGAUCAGCCAAGUCCAAUCUCAGUGUUAGAAACUCCAUUUAAAGAUUAUACAGUUAAUGACUCUAUGAAGGGUGAUCACCAGGGAUCUGAGGUUCCACUGAAGUCCAAUUUAAUUGACAAAUCACCACCUAUAGAAUCAGUAUCUAGGACCCUGUCAUGGCAUGAUUCUUGUGAAGACGUAGCAAGUUCUUAUUCUGUAAAAUCCUCUUCAUUAGACACCAAGGUAGAGGGGCAGGAGUGGAUUCUAUUGGUCCAGAAACUACUAUCAGCAGCAGGACUUGAUGAUCAAGAAAAUUGCAACUCAUUUCACACUAGAUGGCAUUCCACUGAAAGCCCAUUGGAUCCUUCACUGAGGGACACAUAUGCCAACAUGAAUGACAACAAGGACCCUUGGACUCUCCAUGAGGCCAGGAGAAGGAAGAUGAGAUCAAAUCAGAAGCUUGUGUUUGACUUUGUCAAUGCUGCACUGUUAGAAAUUGGUUAUGAUGGACCAGAGAAUCACUUAAAGAGGAGAAUGUACAGUGGGAGCCACUUCAGGCCCCUAGUAGUGAAGCAAGAGUGUGGUGGAUCUCCUCCCAUUUUGGUGGACCACAUUGUGGGCCAAAUGAAGGAGUUAAUGUGGGAGGAUUGUGGGGACAACCACAGCCUGGUGGUAGAGAGUGUUGUUAGGAAAGAAGCUGUGAAGGUGGGGUGGGUUGAGCUUAUGAGGUUGGAGAUUGAUGUUUUGGGGAGUGAGAUAGAGGGGAAGUUGAUACAAGAGCUUGUGGAAAAUGCUGUGGUUGAUUUAACAGGAAGAGCCUGAAGGAAAUCCUCAAGAAAGUUUUUUCUGCUUUUAAUGUUGAAUAAUUGAAUAAAAUACUGUAAGUCCUACAAUGUGUUGCAUUUUAAUAUCCACAUGGCCCUACUCACCUAAUAUGUUACCAAUAGAAAUUUGUAGUUAUCUGAUAUUUAUGACUGUCAUAUAUAUAAAAAUAAUUACCUA